AUGAAGCUCGGCAGCUUGAUCAUGGCGGCCAGCGCCGCGAGCCUGGUGCACGCGUCGUCGUCGUCUUCUUCCACGAAGCGUGAUGCCGUCAAGAAGCGCGCUAAUGGGUUCACCUGGGUCGGCGCCAAUGAAUCUGGUGCCGAAUUUGGCGAGACUAACAUUCCUGGAAAAUUGGGAACCGAUUACACCUGGCCCAACGCCAGCUCUAUCCAGACCCUGAGAGAUGCGGGUAUGAACAUCUUCCGAGUUCCAUUCCUCAUGGAGCGCUUGGUGCCUGAUGACAUGACCGGCACUCCUGACGCCACAUACUUGAAGGCGUUGAAAUCGACUGUCCAGUCGAUUACCGAGGGCGGUGCAUACGCUGUCCUUGAUCCCCACAACUACGGAAGAUAUUCUGGAAACAUCAUCACUUCCACCUCCAACUUCCAGUCCUUCUGGAAGACCGUUGCUGGUGAAUUCUCAUCGAAUGAGAAGGUCAUCUUCGAUACCAACAAUGAGUAUCAUGACAUGGAUCAGAGCCUGGUCCUCAAGCUGAACCAGGCCGCCAUCAACGGUAUCCGAGCUGCUGGAGCCAAGACGCAGUAUAUUUUCGUCGAGGGCAACUCGUACUCUGGUGCCUGGAAAUGGGCCGACACCAAUGACAACCUGAAGGGUUUGACCGACCCUCAAGACAAGAUCGUCUAUGAGAUGCACCAGUACCUUGACUCGGAUGGCUCUGGUACUUCUGAAACCUGUGUCAGCUCGACUAUUGGUAAGGAGCGUCUGCAGACGGCCACCAAGUGGCUCAAGGACAACAACAAGAAGGGAUUCCUUGGUGAAUUUGCUGGCGGUGUCAACAAAGACUGUGAGACGGCAGUGGAGGGACUUCUCUCUUACAUGUCCGACAACAGCGAAGUCUGGAUGGGUGCCGAAUGGUGGGCUGCCGGUCCCUGGUGGGGUGACUACAUGUACAACUUGGAGCCAAAGGACGGCCAGGCAUACUCGACCUACCUGCCCAUCCUCAAGAAGUACUUUGUGAGCGAUUCGAGCACCAGCUCCGCGAGCAGCGCCAACACCAAGGUGAAGAUUAGUACUCCUACCCCAUCCAGCCAGCCAGCGUUCCCCAGCACCACUCCGGCAGUCCCAACCCCCAGUGUUCCGUCUUCGGCCUCGAUUUAUGUGCCUACUACGUUCCUCACAGCCUCGAGCUCGUCCAUCCCAUCCUCGACCAGCAGCGUGCCUGCUGCGAGCAGCUCGGGUCUUGUGAACCGCUACUAUCAAUGCGGUGGCCAGGACUGGACUGGACCGACUACUUGCCAGAGCCCUUACACUUGCGUCAAGCAGAACACCUUCUACUCCCAGUGCAUGUAA